AUGAAUUCGCAAGGAAAUUUCGUUAUUAACGGUCAUAAUAAAGUGGUAGUUUUUCAGUCGGUCCGAGCCCCUGCUGUUUAUUAUUUUGCUGAAGGAGAAAAUGAUGCAAAGAAACCACUAGCGAUUGAGUUAAAGUUUCUUAAUUCUGGACUAGUUUUCGAUUUGUUGGAUGUUUUGAAAACCUUUGCUGUUCCCUCUGAACUUCUUGAGACCUUGUUUGACCGAGAAAGUUUAGAUAUUGAGAAUUAUCACGAAACCAAAGCCUUAGAGAUCGGGGUUGGCCGAACUAGUUUGCCCCAAUUUUUAUUUACGAGCAACAAGGGCAAUUCUUAUUUUAAUAUCGGAAGACUAGGGCGAAAAAAAUAUAAUCAAAAAAUAGACCUUAUUCAACAAUUAGAAGGGCAAACAUUAGCCGAAGACUUGCUUGAUAACAACGGCAAGGUAAUCUUAAAAAAAAACGCUAUCCUGGAAGAAAAAAACUUACAAAUAUUACAGAAUGCUUUACAAAAGAAAAAAAUAAAUGGGGUGGCUAUUCCUCAUUCUACUAAUGACUUAUAUAUUGUUAAAAUAAAAUCUCCGCAAAAUAAGGAAAAAAUUAUCCCAGUGGUUGGAAUUGGAGAAAAAUUACCUGCCGAAAAGACUUAUUUUGACUUGGCGGAUUUAAUUUGUGCGGUGGCUGGUUAUAUUAACCUACGCCAUGGUUUAGGUAAUACUGAAAAAAAAGAGGAUGAGGAUAAAUUAGAAAAUCAAGUUAUCCGUCGGGUAGGAGAUUUAGUUUACAAUAUUUUUGACAACAAAUUGGGGGGAUUUUUACAAGAUAUUGAUAGUAAAUACCUAACCAAUUAUCUUUCCCAGUUAAAAAAAAUUGACUUCUCUAAAAUACCUAAUUUAAAGGAUUUCGAUAAUCUUAUUAAGCACUUUUUCAAUACUUCGGCACUGGUUCGUUUGCAAAAUCAAAAUAAUGCGUUGUCAGUUAUCUCGGAUGGAUUAGUAUCAAGUGUGAUGGGAUUAGGAGGGCGUAAUUCGGUUAACGCUACCUUAGCAGCCCGUAAUGUAGAUUCUUCCUUCAGCGGUCGUUAUGACCCAGUAGAAACUCCCGAAGGCCGAAAUACUGGCUUGGUUCGUCGGAUAACAAUUGAAGCCGGGAUAAAUGAUGAUGGACAAAUAACCACUCCUUAUUUUCCAGUUCGCGAUGGCGUAAUUAUUCCUUCUUUGGUUUAUUUAACCAGUGAAGAAGAAAAAGACAAAUAUAUUACUCAUUUUAACCUAAAAAUUGAUGAAAAGAAUAGAAUUGUGGAGGAAACAGUGUUGGCUAUUCAUCAGGAGAAUUUUGUCCAAAUACCCAAGCAAAAAUUAGAUUAUAUUUAUAGUUCUUUUUAUCAUUUGAAUUCAGUAACUAGUGCUACCAUUCCUUUUUUUCACCACAAUGACGCUACUCGCAUGCUGAUGGCAACCAACAUGCAACGGCAAGCAGUAACUCUGUUGAAAAAUCAAGAACCGUUAGUAGCGAGUGGAAUCGAAGCCAGUCUGUUAAAUAAUUCGCCAUUAGCAGUUAAGGCCGAAGAAAAAGGAAUAGUGGAAUAUGUUGACAGUCAACAAAUUAUUAUUAAAGAAAAAAACAAGGAAAAAAAAACUUAUUCAUUGGAACAAUUAGUAGUUUCUAAUAAAAAUAUUCUCAGUUUUUCACUUCCACUAGUCAAAAAAGGCGAGCAAGUCGAAAAAGGACAAAUGCUGGCUUGUGGAAAUUAUGCGAAUAAUGGCGAAUUAUCCUUAGGGAAAAAUCAAUUUCCGCACUUGGAUAAAAAUGGAAUAGUGAAAAUUGGUAGUAAAGUAAAAGGUAAUGAUAUCUUGGUUGGUAAAAUAACUCCUGAACCUAGCCCGCACAAAGAAGCGGAAGAAGAAUUAUUGUUGAUGAGUAUUUUGGGAGAAAAAGCCCACCGUUUCGUUAAUUCUUCCCUCCGCUUGCCCGCCGAGGAGGCCGGAACAGUUUACCAAGUUAAAAGAAAAAAACUUACUAAAAGCAAGAAUGAUUUAGAGUUAGUGGAAGUUUACGUAGCACAGAAAAGAAAAAUAGAGAUUGGAGAUAAAUUAACUACUCGUUUUGGUAAUAAAGGAGUGGUCGCUAAAAUUGUGCCCGAAGCUGACAUGCCUUUUGAUGAAGAAGGAAAGACCAUUGAUAUAAUUUUUAAUCCGCUGGGUAUCCCUACCCGCAUGAAUAUUGGUCAGUUGUUAGAGACUAUCUUGGCUUCCGCUGCCCACAAACUUAAUACUAAACUUCUUUGUCGGCCUUUCAAUUCUCCUUCUCCCCAAGACAUUAAAGAAAUUAUUCAAGAAGCCAAGAUUAAAAAUUUCGGUGCCCAAAAAUUAUUUGACGGUCAAACCGGUUUACCUUUUCAGCAAGAUGUUUACAAUGGCUAUAUCUAUACCAUUAAGUUAAACCACAUGGUGGCGGAUAAAUUUCACGCCCGAAAUACUGGUCCUUAUUCCCUUAUUUACCAGCAACCAGUUAAAGGACGUUCCCAAGGAGGUGGACAAAGGUUCGGAGAAAUGGAAGUAUGGGUAAUGUGA